AUGCCCAGUAUGCGUGGAGACGUCGUAAAAUGUCGCAAAAUGAUCGAGGGACAUAGGAAUAAUCUUCUAGGAACUUUUCUAGAAGAUAAAUAUUCUAGACAAAUUAUUGAAAGGAUAGGUUACAGAUUAGGCAAGGCUCAUAAAAUAGUUGCGGUAAAAAGUGAUAUCAUAAGGGCUACUCUCAGCUGGGGUUGGCAAGAACAUACCAUUGCAACGCUGGAUGCAAUCCUAUCAUCACAUUGGGUUCCCACCGAGAAAGACAAAAUUAAGUUGUUGUUUACUGGUAUCGCGACUAGAAUUUCAGAUUCUGCUAGGUGUUUUUGUGUAGAAUGA